AUGGCCUUUUCCCAAAGGGAAGCUUUCAUCACGUGUGGUGUCUUAGGGGUUGUUUUGGUUGUACUGAACAGCGAGAAAAUAAUGUACACUGCAGAGCACGAAGUUACACUUCCUACUAAGCACCAAUUAGACAAUGAUUAUGUAUUGCGGCCCUUACUGCGUCAAUUAUGGCAAAAUGUUGCUAGUGACGAUAAAGAAAUACGCGAAAAAAACUUGAAAAAACGAAUCGCCAUUGAGGGCGACAUGUGCGAAUGUAAACCCACAGGACUUAAUUACAUAUGGAGUUUAACUGAGCGAAGUGAUAAGAAAAAGCAGGAAACUCAAUUUAUUGAAUGGAAUAAUAUUCAAGAAGAGCGGGAAGAACCAUUUGUCGUGUGUCCAUCGUUGAUGCCGAUGGACAUUCCAGGAAGUGGUCUGACGGUGGAGCCGCUGCAAUCAACUUCACUUUCUGGCCUGGCAUUUCACCCGUUGUUCUGGAACUACCUUUUCAAGGAAAUCGACUUUAAGUUGACAUUUGAAUCACAGAGUAGGUAUGGCAACAUUUAUCUUGGAUCGCAUAACCAUAUAAUCGAGGACGGUAUACGCUGCAUUGGAAACGAUAGUCACAGACUGACACUAGAAUUUCACAGCGGCUUAGAUAUUGAACGAGUAAACAAUGUGCUAACCAACAUACUCUACAAAAGUACAAAAUACGUCAUCAAUGCACGUGAUAUCAUUCGCCUCUCAAUUCUAGAUUAUGAAUUCAAAAUAAAUAUACACAUAAUUCGAAAGCCUUACCCGAGAUUGUACAACAUCGCCCCCAGCGACCAUAUCAGCAAGAAAGUGACCGUCGUCUGCAAAACUUUUGAACGAUACGAAGCAGCUCGGAAAAUGAUAACGAGUGUUCGUGAGUUUUAUCCGAAUAUUACCAUAAUUAUUGCAGACGACUCGGAAGUGCCAGAAGCAUUAGUGUACCCUAACGUAUUCCACUACAUAAUGCCCUUUGCUACUGGAUGGUUCGCUGGAAGGAAUCUCGUCCUGAGUCAGGUCCGAACAAAAUACUUUGUAUGGAUUGACGACGAUUUUAUUUUCACGGAGAAUACACGACUGGAGCUAAUGCUGGAAAAACUGGAGAACCCAGUUUUGAAAAUUGAUCUGGUUUCUGGGAUGAUAGAUUCUGAUCCAAGGAAAGGUCCCAUUGCCAAGACUUACAAUAACAUACACAUAAGAUCGUUGUCCAAUGAAGGUUACUGUCUGCAACGUAAAUCCGGCGCAUACCCCUUGGCGGGGGCACCGGGAUGUAGACUCGCUGACGAAGUCAUCAAUUUCUUCAUGGCGAAAACUUUAUCCGCGAGAAGCAUAGGUUUCGAUCCUCAUCUCGCGAGAUUUGGACACCAUGAAUUCUUUUGGGAUGGCCUCGGAAAGUUGCGCGUGGCUUCCUGCGAUGAUGUCACUGUGUUUCACGAGAGGGCGGCAUACACAAAACAUGGACGUUACCGAUACCAAUAUUUCGACGUCAAAGCGUUUCAGGAUUGGAUGCUUUACUCUGUUUAUAAGAAUAAUGUGAAGUGCUUUAACUGGGCUGAGUAUUUGCCCGAUAAAUUGAAAGAAGAGAUUGGUUCGAAAGAUUGA